AUCAUCGGUGAGGCUGAGAGAAAAAUCACUAAAAAAACUGAGCGUCCUCCCCAAAAAAAAUUCUUAGAUAAUAAUUGUAAUCGUUGAUCCUGAAUUUAAGUUUUCUUUUCAAUUUCCCCCAUCAAAAUCUGUUUCCCCCGUUUUUCAAUCCUAAACUGUUCAUCAUCUUGGUUUCUUUGUGUUUGAAUGGUUUUCGUUGAUUAUUCAGACAAAACAUUCAAGCUUAUGAAACUGUGUUUUUAUUUAAAUUAAUCUUUUUAUUUUCAUAGAUUUAGCCGAGGGUAAUUUUUUAAAUCCCUCCUUUUGGAUCUAACAGGUUGCUUAUUUCAAACCUUUUCGAUCCACUUUUAUUUUCUUGAAUUUUCUCGGAAAAAAAUCCCUGUUCUUUACUUUUGAUAAGAAUCAGGUUAAUUUUCGGAUUCAAUUUCUAUUUUUCCUUUUAAAAAAUUUAAAUCUAUAAACUAUAAUGGAAGCUGCUAUGAAUAUGUACAGUAGCAGAACGGUUCACCAAUCAGAUUCGUUUGGUGGCGGUGAACUCAUGGAAGCGCUUGUACCUUUUAUCAAAAGCGUUUCCAACUCCUCUCCUCCUCCUCCCGCGUCCGCGUCUGCGUUUAUUAACCCCGCAGCGUCUGCGUUUCCUCUUCCUACUUUCCCCGGAUACAACCCGGUAGACUAUUCAGCGUUCAUGACCCAACCAUUUACAUACGGGUCGGAUCUUCACCAAACCGGGUCGUCACUAAUCGGGCUAAACAACCUCUCUUCCUCCCAAAUCCACCAGAUCCAAUCACAGAUCCACCACAACCACCCUCUCCUCCGGCCAAAGCCUCUACUCAUGAAGCAGCCGGGAGUCGCCGGACCUCGUUUCCCGGCGGCGGCGAAGCUCUACAGAGGCGUGAGGCAGCGUCACUGGGGCAAAUGGGUGGCGGAGAUCCGUCUGCCGAGGAACCGCACUCGUCUCUGGCUCGGGACCUUCGACACGGCGGAGGAGGCGGCGCUGGCUUACGACAAGGCGGCGUAUAAGCUGCGCGGCGAUAACGCCCGGCUUAACUUCCCCAACUUGAGUCACAGCGGGUCCCACAUAGGCGAGUACAAGCCUCUUCACUCCACGGUCGACGCCAAGCUCGAAGCUAUUUGUCGGAGCAUGGCGGAGACGCCGCAGAAACAGGACAAAGCUUCGAGGAAACGCGCGAAGAAAGCUGAGCCGGUACUGUCGGAGAAAGUCGAGCCGGCGACGGAGGAGUUCGUCGAGUCCGCCGGAUCUUCGCCGUUGUCGGAGCUGACGUUCGCCGACGCGGAGGAGCAGCCGCGGUGGAACGAGACGUUCUCGUUGGAGAAGUAUCCAUCGUACGAGAUCGAUUGGGAUUCGAUUCUGUCUUAAGAUCAGUUCCGGUUUGGUAAGAGUAGGGGUAAAGUAGGAAUUUUAGGAGCUGUCUGCAAUGGAGUUUUUGGAAAUUGCGGAGAGUGGCUAUUAGCGUAAUUAUGGUUAUGUUUAGGGGUUAAAUCUCGUUUGUUAAUAUUAUGUGUUUGUAUUAAUCUCUGUGUCGGUCCAGCUGCGGUUUUUUGUCAUGCUCGACCAUGCCACAGAUUUCAUUUUAUGUAAUUUUCUCUUUUUGUUUGUCUUUGUAAUUUCUAGCUUCAUUUUCUAAAUACUAAUGCUAUAUUUUUAGUUUUUAGUAAAAUAAAACCGCCCUUAUGAUC